AUGAGGAUCGAGGAGGAAGCGGCGAGCACGAGCGCAUCAAGCGAGAUGCCUCCUGCUAGUGCAGCUCUUCUUGCGAAUAUCAGAAACGCGAAGACGACAGAUGAGUUUAUCGUCGAGAUCAAUAAAGGACGCGAAGUUCAUUCGGUUAUGGGCAAGACCGAGCUCUGCCGUUGGACUGACGUCUUGAAUCGGUGCGACGAGAUUCUCGAGGCGGCGACGUCGAAAGACGCGCGCGGCGAGAUGUGCUGCGAUCGCGAUCCAAAAGUGAAACGUCAAACGGUGGCCGUCAUUCGAUUCACCGUGCUCUUGUUUGAAUGCACUUCUUCGCGUCGGGUUUACCGUAGUAUGGAUAGAAUUCUCGAUUUGAUGGAAAGCACUGAUAUGGAAGUGCUCGCCGAGAUUCUGCGAUUGCUUCAGACGAUGGGCAAACGCUCGAAAUAUUUGACGCAACGAUUGAGCUCCGCCGAUCAACACAUGCUCGUCUCGAAUCUCACGGCGAUCGCGCAGUGUUGGGGCGGAAAAUUGCGAACGGUGAAGAUGGCUGAGUGUGUGCGACGCGAGCCGAACUUGCCGCCGUUGUUCCCGUUCCAGUUCACCGACGGCAAACAGCGUUCGGUUGUUGUGGAGAAGCCAGGGCCGGAUGAGAGCAUUUCGGAGCUCGUUGACAAGUAUAUUGCACAAAUGCAGUCUGGCGAGUCGCCGAGCGGCAGUGCCGCCGCCGUCAGCAAAGAAGAUCGCUAUUGUCUUUUGGCGCGCCUUCGAAUGCUCAACGGAUUCCAUAAUUGGCAAUACCGAUUCAAGUGUAUGGUGGUUCGGUUGUUGUCGGUUAGCACACUCAUCUACAGCCGGUGUAAUACGGAUGAGAAUUCGCUGAACGGCCUGCUGUACAGUGGAUUCAUAGAGGAGUUGGUGGCGUUGUUGAAAACGGAAAGGGAAGCCGAUUGCAAUAAGGAGUAUGCGAUGCUUGACGCGAUUCAUACGGAAGCCCUCGCCACACUGUGCAGUAUUGUGAACUACGAAAAAGAGCCGAAAGUGCAACAAAUUCUCGAGGCGUUGUCGGCGAGCUCGUAUCACGGCUAUUUGUCGGUGCUGACGAGGCAGGUAGUUGAUGAGCUGAAGAAUAAGAAUUUGAGCAAACCGGGCAAACCGUCGAUUGCUCUCGCCACCGCGCUCUUCUCAUUCAUCUAUCAUUUGGCGAGUAUCGAGCCUGGUGGUGAGACGCUUGUUGGUAGUGGGCUGACGAAGACGUUGCUCAGCGUUAUUGGAUACCAUGAGUUGCCGCUUGAGUUGAUCACGUUUGGAACAAGAUGCGCUCGAAUCAUCGACUUGUUCACAACGAUUGAUGUUUCCGCGUUCAAAACGCAUAAAGGAAUGGAGAUUUGUGUGAAUCGCAUUUGCUAUGAAAUCGAGCAGUGCCGCAAAGAGCAGCCGUUCAUGAUCGACACAUCGUACGAUUUGCCGUUUGAUGAUGCUCCUGCCGGACCGGCUCCACCACCGCCGCAGCCGCAAGCAGCGGAGGCACCAGCGCCUGAAGAGGUAAUGGAUCAGACGGAGGAGGCGGCGCCAGAAGCCGCCGAAGAUGCGCCUGCGGAAGAGAAGCCGAUGGAGACGGAUGAGGUGCCGGCUGCUGCCGCCGAGCCUGCUCCAGCACCGCCAGCAUCUACUACUGUUGCUCCGAAGACGGAUAUUCAAGGAGGGCCAUGGAUCAAGACGGUUUCUACGGGAUUGACAUGUCAUCAGCAGCGAAGUGGUCUUAUCAAGGGACUUUUGACGUUUGUGAAGAGGGCCAUUCAAGAUCCGCAGUUUAGCGACAGCAUUCGACAUAUCAUGGAAGGUGGAUUGCCAGAGGCUUUGAUGCACAUUUUGUCGAAUUCGGAAUAUUACUCACCAUCGUUGUUCCAUCAAUCGGCUCAGCUCAUCACCAACUAUGUCUACCAACAUCCCGACGAGUUGUCGGUGCUUCAGCGUCGGCAUGUGCCGUAUGUGCUCUUUCAGAGUAUGCUUCGAAAGGAGCUUCCGAACAACCGCGAUGUGAUAUCGACGAUUGGCAACGUGUUCACGGCGAUGUGCCUCAACGAACGCGGUUUGAAGCAAUUCGAAUCGUAUGAGCCGUUUGAUCAGAUUUUUCGUAUUGUUCUCAGCGUUAAAUUUUUGGUGACGAUGAAACGAAAACGCGCCGAAUUGACAGACGCCGCGCAGAGUAUUGGCGGAGCUCUUGACGAUUUGCUUCGUCACUAUCCGUCGCUGAAGGCCCAACUUCUGAAGUCGAUGUUGAAUGUGUUAGAUCGUUUGGUGGAGUUUGGAAAAGAGCCGCCGCCGAACACCGAAGUCGUCAUGGUAUUGGCGAAGCACAUAUCGAAGAGCAUGGUGAUUGGUGGAAGCGCGUCGGAGGUUGCGCAGCCGCCAGCUGCUGAGCCGAUCGCCAACAAUCUUCUCGAGAAUCCGGCGGCGAACUCGGAAGAUGAUGACGAUGACGAUUUGGAGAUGAAUGAGGAGGAGUCUGAUGAUGAGCAAGCCGAGCUCUCGAUGGAUGAGAUGAGUGGAGAAGGAUGCCCGAUUUCCGAAGAGGCGUCGGCAGCGUUGAAGAAGCCCAAGGAGGUGACGGCAACAAAAAUCACUGGACGUAGCGAAGUUGGACUCGACAUGGUUUGCGAGGAUAGCAAUGGACGUCGAAUUUUGCCGCUUGGAGAUUACAUGAUGAUCGCCGCCAAGAUUUUUGAUGUUCUGAUGAAUCAACCGUCGAAUAUAAAAAUGACUGAUGAGUUCAUUGAAGCUGGUGGAAUGGAGAAGAUGUUGGAGUUGUGCCAAUUGCCGUGCUUGAAUAAUGAGAUCGCGCAGAGCUCCUAUGCGCAAUCGAUGGCCAACAUCGUCAAGUUUAUUGUGUUCCAGCGACACAGCACGUCGUCGGGAUCACUGAUGAAUUCGUUGAUGUCGGCGUUCACGAAGACGAUUCGACCGCUUCUUGCGAAGAACACCACCGAGUUUCCACCGAUGAAUCAGGCCGAAGGAUCGUCGACGGAUCGCGUCAGCUCCUCAUCCAUGAUGAUGCAUCUCGGCGAGAAGUUGAUUAGCGAUGGAUUGACGAAUCUCAACAAUAUCAUGCCGGUGUUGGUGCUUGUCACGAAGUGCACGAUCGGCGCGCAAUUCCAGGCCGAAUUGCGAUUCCGAAUUUUCGAGUCGUGGAGAGCGGCCGAGGGGCAGAAGCUGUACGCCUACUUGAGACGAUUGUCGAGAAUUUUAGUUUGGGAAACGGCACUGAUUCGAGUGUUGAAGCCGUCGAUUCGCACAUGCGCCACACAGACUGACAACGAUUUGUUGGCGCCGAUCAAGGAGGAGUCGUCGAUGGACUCAUUCUCGAUUAGCAGUGAACAGAUUGAUAUGUGCGCCAGCGGCGACGAGCAACUUAAAGAUGUGCAGGAGAGCAAGGAGAAAGCUUGGGUGCUCGCCGGAAUCACGCAGGAUGAGCACGACUUUUGGGUGAAUCACAAGAGCCUUUCCGACAUUGUGAUCAAGACGAGCCGAAGCGUUUCGGAGCUUUUGGGAACCAUCGGAAGAUCGAUUAAUGUGAUGUCGAACAAUCGUAGAACUCGACGAACGAAUGAGGGAAAUGGUGCCUCGCCGGCUGCGUCGACAUGCACCUCAAUGAUAUUCGAGACGAUGUUUCAGGAUUUGAAGUGGAAGCCGAAAGGAAAACCGAACGCGAUGACAUUUGCGUUGUAUCGCGACAUUCUCUCGCAGCUCAGCACUGCGUUGUUCGAUGAUCGUGGUCGCGCAACGACGCCGACGAUCAUCAAGUUCUUCUAUGAGAGCGGAUGUCAUCAGGCGUUCUUCGAGCUUCUUUGCGAUUCACUCGUUCCGGCGUUGACCAAAGAGAAUCUCAAGGGCAAUCUGGAGGAUGCACUUGUUGAAUGGUGCAAACUCACCGGAUAUCUUGUCAAUAAGUUCAACAUGAUGGCUGAUACGAAUCAGGCGCUUGCGCGCGGUCAGAGGAACUUGGACUUUGACAUGGCGAGAUAUUUGAAGCUUGUCCACAAGGACAUGUUCACCGCUUUCCGACUGCUGUUCGCCAAGAUCACCUCCAUCGACACGAACUUGUCGCUUUAUCAGAGAUUGUGCAGUCAUGCGCUCGUUGUGUUCAGAGAUGUCUUCCGCAACAUUGACGCCGAGAAGGCUGAAGCUGAAACGCCGACUCCGGCACCAAGACCCGCUGAGGAGGAGGAUGUCCCCGAAGACGAACAGAUCGCCAGACUUGUCGAGAUGGGUUUUCCGCGAACGGCGGUUCUUCGGGCGUUGAGCCGAACGAGUUCGACGGACGAAGCGGCAAACAUGCUUCUUCGCGAAGCCACCGAACGCGACGUGUUCGAACAUCCCGUUGAGAAUAUGCAGUCGUUUAGGCGACUCAUCGAUCGGGUGACGACGAGAGAUCCGCCGACGCUUCGCGAACUUCGCGCAUUGGUUGAGAAUGAAUUUGUUGAUGAUAUGAACGAUAUUUAUGGUCCCGAUGAUCCGCCAGCGGCUCAGAAUCCUGGAGAUAACGUUGGAGCUUCGUCGAGCACUGCACCGGUACCGAUUCCGCAGCCUUCUGAGGAUAUUGAUUAUGAUGAUGAUAAGGUCGAGCCACCAAUCGUUCCAAAGAUCCAAGAUGCCAAUAUUGAGAUGUUUCAGCAAGACAUAUCGCUCCAGGCCGCUUGCCAACAGCUCAUUCCGCUCAUCAAACAGCUCAUCUGUGUCAACACUGAUCUCAUUUUCACUUGUUCGGAUCUUGUCGGAAGUGUCUACGCGUCAUUGUCGAAGGAAUGGAGAGAGAACACGCUGGUGAACGAGAUUCUCACGAAGGAGAUCAUUGCGAUGUGCGACGAGGUUCUCAAGACACCCGAUGAUCAGGAAGUUCCACUGGAGCUUGUCAAGACGCUCUCUUGCCGAUUCCAUUUUGCUUGUUUGCUGUUUGAUAAGAUCGCUGAUCCUUAUAUGGACAUCAUUCGGGCGCGCGGAAUGGUGAAGAAGAUCAUUGAGCUAUUGGAGUUUUGCGAUAAGAAGUUUGAGACGGAUCCGAAACUUCAGAAUUUGAUUCUGUCGCACGCGAUCUUGUGGCUUGACAUUUUUGAUAAGAACUGCCGAUGUGAGGCGCGACGCAAGUAUUUGGAGAAGAUCACCACCAAUUUGUCGUGGUAUUACGGAAUUGACGAGCCCGCCGAGACGGGAACUGGAAGAAGGAAGGAUCGCAAAUGGUACAAGUAUGACGAAGGUGCGGAGAAGAUUCUCACAGAAGCGUUCCUCAAGGGCGAGAAGAAUACGAAGGUGACGGUGAAGAGACACAAUCGUUCAGCUGCAAAGAAGCUUGAAGUUGAUUUUUGCCAUAUGCGCCAAACCGACUCGCAAUCUAUUCGUGAUCCGAUUCGCGUCGAGAUCCCUGAAGAUGUGCCGAUCAACGUUGACGAGUUCAUCGAGGAAAAUUUGCGGCUCACUUGGACGCCGGACGAGAACGACAAACUUCUGAUGAUUGUCGUCGAGCUGUUCAAAAAGAAGGUGGUUCAUUCGCUGUGCUGUCAGUCGCUGCUGAGUUUUGCGGCGCGGAUGACGCGUUUGCCGCAGAACGCGCAACGAUUCAUCGAAUUGGACGGAUUGGAGAAUUUGCUAAUGUUGCGCGCGAAUCCGACGAUGAAUGUGCCGAAUCACAUCUCGAUCAUCAUUCGCAAUUGCAUCGAUGAUGAGAAACUGUUGGCGUACGCGUUUGAAAAGGCUAUCCGAACUGCCUCGAUCGCGACACAACCGCAACCGCAAAUAUUUGAAUAUCUGAUGACGCCGGCGAUUUCUAAGCCCAAGGAUUUCUAUGAGACGCUCAAUCGUCUCAUGCCGUUGUCGAGUCGCAAUCCGGCGGUCUUUAUGCAGGUGAUGGAGCGCGUCUCGAAAUUGAGCGGUUCGACAAUCUCGUCGAUUCCGCAUCAGAAGGAUAAGGUGGCGAAGGAGGAGAAGUCGUCGGAUCGAUCGCGUUAUGUUGUGAAGUUGGUGAUCAAUGAGAUUCUGCGUGGCGAGUUUGAUGCGAAGAACGCGUCGGGACGAGUAUUCACCAAAUCGAAAAUGAUGAUGAUGCUCGCUGAGCUCGUCAAAUCGUAUCCGCAAUUGUCGAUUCUCGUUUGCGAGGCUGAAGGCGAUAAUGGAAAAAGCGCGAUUCAUCAGCUCAUGGAAACGUACAUUGCGUGCACACCGGAGAACGAUCAAAUUUCGGAUGUCCUCAAAACACUGAUUGCGACGAUUGCCGCGUUUGCGACGAACUCGAAGACUCAGGAACUCCUUGUGCAGGAUGUCAAGAAUACGCUGGGAACACUCUGUGAAGAGGCGUUGAAGAACACGAAAGAGCCGGCGGCGGAGGAAUCGCAGAAGACGGAAAAUCCGAAUACAUCGAAGAAGAUUUCCGAGCUUUGCCAAAUGAUUAUAACGAUUUGUAAUGCUUGCCCAUCGUCGAAUUCGACGCCGCCGACAAAUCAUCCUCCGGGAGAAUCGGCGAAUCAACCGCGUGAACGUCAGCAACCGAACAACAUUAUGAAACUCCUUCACAAGAAGAAGAUUGGAAAUGAUUUGGUCAAGGCGAUCACCUAUCUGCGACUUUCUGACAAGGAGGCCAUCGAUACGGUCAAUCAGAUACUGAAGACGUUGGAGGUAUUGAUGGAGGGAUUGGGAAGUGUACCGCAAACGUCACAAACUGGCGCUUCGUCAGCUUUUGGCGGAUCGACGACGGCGCAUCGCACGCGCGGACGAAUGCAGGUUGAUGUGACGACGAAUCGCGAAGCGUCGCAGAAUCGUGAUGAGGUUGGUGAAGAGGAAGAAGAGGAAGAGGAGGUUCGUGACGACGAGAUGGAAGAGGGCGGUGGCGAGAGACGUCAAGAGGACAAUGAUUUCCGAGAGCUUCGCGUCAUCUACGACAAUCGAUCGUUGUUCGAUACCAUUGAUAAUGAGCAUCGUGAGGUGCUCGAACUUCUUCGUAAUCGCGGAGCUGCUGCAGCUGCGGCUGCUGUCGCUGCCGAUGGUGGCGAGGAGGAAGACGGAUCUGAGCUGUCGGAGGUCUCGGAAAGCGGUGACGAUUAUGAGAACGGAGAAGGCGAGCAGGAUCAGGAUCCAAAUGAUGAGACGCUCCAGAACGCUGACCAUCUUGUCGUCAACAUCCCACUUCAUGGCGAUGAUAUUGAAAUGGCCGAAGAGCGACAAGACGAGGAGCAUCAGAAUGAAGAUGAGGCGCACAAUCAGGAAGAGCAGAACGAUGAAGAAGAAGAUGACGAUAAUGAUGACGAUGAUGAUGAUGACGACGAUGACGAUGACGACGAUGAUGAUGACGAUGAGAUGGGAGAUGAGGAUCGUGAGGUGGAGGAGACUCUUCAGGAUGCUACUGAGCCGGGAGCACGACGACUCAUUGAUGAUGAUGACGAGGAUGGCUGGAGAAGCUUUGAAGAGGACGAUCAGGAUGACUUUGACACUCUUGAAGAUGACUAUUGGGAUCAUUUCGGAAGAUUGCCGAUGUUCGAUAGAACGUUCUUGUUCGAUCGUGGAGAAUCGUCGAUUUACGAUUUGAUGCGCGACGAUUGGGAUUCGUGGCUUCGAGGCAGCCGACGACCAUUGCCGGUUCGCACAGAGAUCGCCGGAAUUCAUCCGUUGCUGUCGAGAGAAUCGGAGAAUAAUGAGAGCCGAAAUCGUCCAAGAAGUUUCCUUACUGGACGUCAAGAUCUUAUGCCACUCACUUAUGCCCCUCGCACCACCCUUCAUCGUCAAAACGCGAUUCGACGCGGUGGCAACGAGAUUCCGACGAUGGAAUCGAUGAUACGAAGUGUACGAGCCAUCGGUGGCGCGAAUUCGCGCGACUUUGACAUGCCGAUUGUAAUGCGGACUGGAACUGCUGGAAUGAACCGAACCAUCGGGCAAACGACGAAUCUUCUCGAUCGCAUCAUGGAGUUCCACGGAGCGCACAGUGGCGGAGGAACACAUCGAUUCCGGGUUCGCGACUCACCGGAUGAGGAUCGACGACGAAUGACGAGCUCGUCGGUGGCGACAGUGACAUCGUGCCUCGAGCGACUUGAGAAUUAUGUGAGCAUCAUGGAGCCGGUAUCGGUGCGAUAUGUGUGCGUCAUUGCGAAUUCAUUGAUUUCGCGUGAGGCUCGCAAGCGUGAGGCCAAGGAGAAGGAAGAGGCGGCGGCGAGCGCGCAACGAGCACGUCAAGAGCAGGCGGCGAAGAAGCAGGAAGAGCAGGAGAGAGUCGCCCGCGAGCAAGGCGAAUCGUCGUCGUCGGCUACAGCUGCGCCAUCGGCAACGUCAGAAGCGCCGACUGCGGCUGAGGAGCAGAGUGAGGUUCCGAUUGCAACACCGCAAGCCACAUCAACGACCAAUACGGUUUCGGACACGACGGUGCCGAACGCCUCAAGGACUGCUGGAGAAGAGACUAGCACCACACCGGCAGUAGAUGCUCAACGCAGUUAUGCUUCUGCGGUUUCCAAUGGUCCGGAACCUAUGGAGACCGGAGAUGAUGAUUCGAGAUUACCGCAAUCAACGGCUGCUACUGCUGCUUCAUCGGUUGCUGGAACCGAAGAUUUUGAUGAGCCGGAAGUUGUGAACGCUCCGGCUCAAGAGGCGAACUUGGACGAGCCCCCCACUGAGCAGGCACCACCACCGCCGACUAGUGAUGAGCCAGCUGCAGCCGCUCCCGAAGCGGCAGUACCAGCAGCUGCUGAAGGACGAGAUGCUGCCCCACAACGACCGCCGCUGUCUGAAGAGUUCCGGGCGAUUUUGGGCGACAUUGAGAUUCCUGACGGUGUUGAUCCGGAAUUCCUCAUCGCGCUUCCGGAAGAAAUGCGCACUGAGGUGAUUCGCGACUUCCAGCGGCAACGACGAGCUGAGCGAGCAGCUCAACCGGCUGCUGUAAUGCCGGCGGCGGCUGGUGGCGACGCCGCUGCCGCUCCGGCUGCCAACGAUGUCCGAGCGAUUGUUGAGCCGAUUAGUCCGGAAUUCUUGAAUGCGUUGCCGCCCGAACUGCAAGAGGAGAUUUUGGCGGAGCACGAGCGCGCGGUGCGUGAAGCCGAGGAGGCCCUGAGACGAGCGAAUGCUCCGGCUCAGCCGGCUCCGGAAUUGGAUGGCGCCGCUGUGAUCGCGUCGCUUCCGGCAAACGAACGAGCUCAAGUUCUUGCUGAGAUGGACGAGACGGAACUCGCCGGGCUACCGCAAGCGAUGCAGGAUGAAGCGAGACGAGCAAGAGCGACUCAUGUCGAUCCGAGAAUGUUCAGAUACCAGAGAUUGAUGUUGCGAAGGAAUACGAGAAAUGGAGGCGGAAGGCCGCAAUGUACUAGCGGAAUAGGACAGAAUGCCGGGCAUGCUCAUCCAGCUUCGCCAACUGCCACCCAGGUUCUUGAUCGUGAAGCCAUCACCACGUUGUGCUUGUUGUACCUCGUCGACUCGAGAAUCUCGUACAAUCGCCUUCAGAAGGUGUUACGCAAUGUUUGCGUCAACUCGCAUUCGUGUGAUUUCGUCAUUUGGUGCCUUCUUGCGCUUCUGAAGAAGGCAUGCGAGUCGAAUUGUGAUGAUGAGGAGAUUGCGUCGAAGGUGCCGGAAUGGCUUGACAGCAUCACUGUCAGCGGUGUCGGAUUGAAUGAGAGAGCGAUAAAGAUUGGCGAGAACGGAAGCAAGGUGGCGAUUCAUUCGAUGCUCGCCAGCUCGUUGUGUCGCAACAUUCUCGACUUGUUAGCGAUCAUUGCCAAAUCCUAUCCGGGCAACUUUUUGCCGAAUCGUCUCCGAAGUGGACCGAAUGCGACCGAAACGGCGAAACAAUCGCCGCCGUUCGACAUGUUCUGGACGAUGAUUCAGAACUCGUCGAAAUUGCCGACACGCAAAGAUUGGCAAGUGCCGGCGAUCACCCAAUUCGAGGAGUGCCCCGUUGUUCAUUUGAUGAUGUCGUUGGAGAAGGAGAUGAUUGGCAAGACGGCGGCUCUAAAUGAUCGCGUUCUGAAGGUGGCGAGCACGAUAUUCCAAACGAUUCCGAACGAUGCUCUUCAGAAGCUUGAUGUUCAAGAUCCAGACUUCUUGCCGAUCAGCAAAGCAUUGGAAUUGGUGAUCCUGGCGAUCACAAAAGGACAUGCUAACGAUGGAUUAAAUGAUGGAUUGACACUUCUCGCCGAGGCGAUGCGUGCGUUCAAUGACAUGACGGCAAUGUAUAUUUACGAUCGGCUGUUCAACGUUGUAGCUUCUUAUGGAAAACAACUCGAGCCGCAGAUUAAUCGACUCAUCGUCGAGCUCGACGAGGCGCAGAAAACGGAUGAAGAUGUUGAGAUGAUUGAUGAGAAUGGAGCUGGUCUGGCUCCCCGGCCAUCACCACAGCAACAACAGCCGUCUGACGAGUCGACGAGCUCGCGAAGAAUGGAACCGUUGGUUUUGGAUGUUAGCAGCGGUGGACGAGUUACUGUAGGAAGAUUCGAUGGCGAGAGAUUGAUAAUUGAUGGCGAGCAGAACGCGAGAUUGAUGAUGAGCUCGUGCAAGGAACUUCAAUUGCCGGCGGUCACCGCCCUCACCGACAAGACGGGAGCCCAGUACGCGUUGUUGUCGGCGCUUCAGACGUUGGUCAAAGUUCGCGGGCAUAUGCGACAAGUGAGGAAGGAUCGAGUAAAACGCGAGAAAGCCGAAGCCGAGAAGAAGAAGAAGGAGGAGGAGAAGAAGCAGAAGGAGGCGGCUGAAAAGAAGAAGCUUGAAGAGCAACAGGCUGCCGCUGAUCAAGGAGCGACGACGUUGGCACCGGAACCGAUUCCAGGGCCAGCUCAGGAGGAGGCUCUUAGUCCGGCGUCGCCAGAUCCAGUGCCGGAAGAGAAAGAGGAAGAUGAGCCGGAUGUGCCGGAUGUUGAGCCGCGAUUGUCGUCGAAACUCGCUUCACUUGAAUCGUUGUGGAACUCGUUGUCGGAAUGCCUUCAGCGAUUGGGACGCGCUUCGGAUCCGCACGCGGUUUUGGCUCUUCAGCCGGCUGCAGAAUCGUUCUUUUUGGUCUACGCUUCAUCGAAUAAGAAGGAGAAGAAACCGUCGGAUAGUGCUGCUCCGGCUGCCGUCACUACUAGCACAUCGGUGGAGGGACCAUCCAGCACCAUCGCGAGCGCGUCGCGACAUGAGGAACUUGAUUCGGACACGGCGAAACUUAUAGAGUUUGCUGAGAAGCAUCGCGAAGUGUUGAAUCAGGCGUUGAGGCAGAACAAUGCGGUGUUGUCGCAUGGGGGUCCGUUCUCGGUGCUCACCCAAUAUCCGAAGCUUCUCGACUUUGAUGUGAAGAGGAAGUACUUCAGAAAAGAAUUGAACAAGUUGGAGCCAGGAACGCGCUAUCGCCGCAAUGACGUGUCGGUUCAAGUGAAUCGCGCGCGAAUCUUCUCGGACUCGUUCCGCGAGUUGUUCCGCCUUCGGCCGGCCGAUUGGAAAAAUCGCUUCUACGUGAUCUUCCAGGGCGAAGAGGGACAGGAUGCCGGCGGUCUGCUUCGCGAAUGGUAUUCGGUGAUAACGCGUGAGAUCUUCAAUCCGAAUUACGCGUUGUUCAUCACCGCGCCGGGUGAUAUGGUGACAUAUAUGAUCAAUAAGGCGUCGUACAUCAAUCCGGAACAUUUGGACUACUUCAAGUUUGUUGGACGACUCAUUGCCAAGGCGAUUUUCGAUCACAAGUACUUGGACUGCUACUUCACUCGUGCAUUCUACAAACACAUUUUGAAUCUGCCGGUCAGAUAUCAGGACAUGGAGAGUGAGGACCCGGCGUUCUUCAAAUCGCUCGAGUUCUUGCUGCAGAAUCCGAUCGACGAGCUCGCACUCGACAUGACAUUCACGACGGAGAUUGAGGAGUUUGGCAAACACACCGUUUGUGAGCUCAAACCCGGCGGAUCGCAGAUUGAAGUGACCGACGCGAACAAGGAGGAGUACGUGAAGCUCGUGUGCCAGAUGAAGAUGACGGGCUCGAUCAGGAAGCAGCUCGACGCGUUCCUCGAAGGAUUCUAUGAGAUCAUUCCGAAAGAGCUCAUCUCGAUGUUCAAUGAGCAAGAGCUCGAGCUGCUCAUCUCGGGACUGCCGACGGUCGAUAUCGAUGAUUUGGCGGCGAACACGGAUUACAAGGGCUAUCAGAAGAAUAGCGCGCAGAUUCAGUGGUUCUGGCGCGCGUUGCGCUCGUUCGAGAAGGAGGACAAGGCGAAAUUCUUGCAGUUCGUUACGGGAACAUCGAAGGUGCCACUUCAAGGUUUCGGAUCGCUCGAAGGCAUGAACGGAGUGCAGAAGUUUAGUAUUCAUAUUGACACGAGAGGCGGAGAUCGUCUGCCAGCGGCACACACAUGCUUCAAUCAAAUCGAUUUGCCGCAAUAUGAAUCAUACGAGAAGCUUCGCGACUCGCUUCUGUUGGCGAUUCGCGAGUGCACCGAAGGUUUUGGAUUCGCUUAA